CUUCUUAGGGGACAAAUAAUGGAACCGUUCUAAGGCUACCAGCAGGAUUUGAACCUAGGUGCUUCAGAACCAAAAUUGGAGAGGCCACUACUUGAGCCGAAGGGGCAGCACUAUUAGAUGGUAGCAGUAGCAGGCUAUUAUCCUCUAUGCAAACCUGCCACUAGUAGGAGAGGCAGCACACUUCAUAAGCAUAUUGCAUUAGGACGUGGUAUGAGUUUUGCGUGGGGUAUGCACUGGGGCAGAAGACUGGUGCAUACUCAGUACAAGAGAGGAUAUCAGAUGAAUCUGCAAGACACUGGGGAGAGAGUGGUGAGUAGGUGUCAAUGCAACUGGGGGAAUUAUAAUUCCCUGGGUCCAUGUGAACCGAAACGGCUGGAAACAGAAAAAGGGAGGCAGCCAAACAGGAAUAAUCAGUCUGUGAAAGCGAAAGAUAAGGGCAGGAGAAAGUCAGGACGACCUUGCGGCAGCUACCCAGGGGUUGUCUCUGGAGUUGAGUUAAUAACUGGGUUUGAGUCAGGGGCCAAACCGGAACAGCCAGAAAAAACUCCGGUUGGCUUCACACCAAAACUGAAUUUAAAAAAAAGGUUCUCAGCAGAAUGAACAAACACAAAAUUUUAUCUGGGUCCAACUAAAGAUCUCAAAUGUUGAUUGGAAACAACAUUUGGUCUGGAAAAAGUCAUUUCAGAACAAACUCACCAAAUGCUUCAAAAUGUUUUGCCAUUUCUGAAAUGUUCAUUUUGGUUUUUUGUCCAAAACUAUUCAUUGAUUUUGACCCACAUUCAUAAGUCAUUUUCGUGCCCGGAAAAAUGCCUUUUCCAGCAAAUUCACUGUUUGCCAAAAAUAGGUUGCCUGGGUCUAGUUGUCUCCCAGCACUUCUUGUGCCAAGCGGAGAGGGGACCUCCAAGCCAUCCUGCACUUCGAAAUGGCCUGGACCCAUCUGAGUAGGCCACCCCAUCACAGGAGCUAAGAGGAAUAAGGACGACUUUGAAAAUUGUGGUGAUUUGGGGUAACAAAAAAACGCUGUAGGAAAAGGUAAGGCUGGGAGUGAAUGCAGGGGAUGAAAUCAUUGAGGGCUCGACAAUGGCUCGCCUAAUAACGUGCUGCUUAAAUCUGGUCAUUGGUAAGAAAAUGACCAAAGAGGAGGUGUGGUCGUGUAGGCUGGAGCUGUGGAUGGACAGCAGGAGACGGGAUACAUGCAAAGAGCCAGAAUACAUACAAAGCAGCUCCUCCAGAUAACAGGCAUUGUAAAGCUUCAAAGGAAUUCGCUAAUGACCCUGCAGGCUGAGCAGACAGGAAGAAGGUAGAUCGUGGCACGUGGAAAAAGCGAGAAAUCCUAGCGAUCACUGUGUGGUUUGUCACACUUGAAUCUCUAGCAAUGUCUAUCAGUAUAUGGAUAGAUAUCGAUGGUAGCCUAGAGGCUGCAGUCGAGAUCCGGACCUAGGGUGACCAGACAGCAAAUGUGAAAAAUCGGGAUGGGGUGGGGGGUAAUAGGAGCUUAUAUAAGGAAAAGACCCAAAAAUCGGGACUGUCCCUAUAAAAUCAGGACACCGGGACACCCUAUCCGGGCCCCAUUAUGCCAGGUGCUGUGCAGACGGGUGGCAAGAGAUGGUCCCCUCCACUGGAGGUUAUAGUCUAAGUAGACAAUGGGUGGGAGGGGAAACAGACAGGAGGUGCUUUGCCCAAGGUCACGCACCGUGCUGCCAGGAAUAGAACCCAGAUCUCCUUCAUCUCAGUCCAGUUCUCUCCCACUAGAUUACACUACCUUUCAUCACCAGCAGGAAUGUUAAGAGUUAAAAGCCCUGUAAGCAACUGGAGAUUGGCGGAACCAUGAGCAACAAGAACCAGCCACGCCAGACGAAUGUCCCGGUGACGUUCGAUGACGUCGCCAUCUAUUUCUCCCGGGAGGAGUGGGAGAUGCUGGCAGACUGGCAGAAGGAGCUGUACCAGGAGGUGAUGAGGGAGAAUUAUGCAAAUCUGAUUUCUCUGGCAGGGGACUGGCCCAGGCAGAGAAGCAAGAAGAAAAAUGAGGAGGAUUGUGUUGAAAAGUUGGAAGCCCCGGAGCUGCCGACUGGAAACAGUUUGGCCAACGGCUCAGAGAAGGCAAAGAACUGCAGCACUCAGAGCGUCCGUGUCCCAGAGCCAAGCAGCGAGGAAGGCAGCUGGCUGGGGCAGCCGGUUGAAGGUGGAAGAGGGAACAGCCAGUGCAUGCGGCCCAGUGGGAACCAGGCGCCCAAGAAAAGGGCGAGGCCACACAAGUGCGACGAGUGCUGGAAAAGCUUCACCUGGAGAUCGGAGCUGGUUCAGCACCGCAGGACCCACACUGGGGAGCGGCCGUAUAAGUGCGCUGAGUGCGGGAAGGGCUUCAGCCAGCACGUCAACCUGACCAUCCACCAGCGUAUCCACACCGGCGAGCGGCCCUACCGGUGCGGCGAGUGUGGGAGGGGCUUUACCCAGCAUAUCAACCUGACCCUGCACCAGAGAAUCCACACUGGGGAGCGCCCGUACCAGUGCGGUGAGUGCGGAAAAAACUUCAUCCGCAAAUCCAACCUGGCCAAGCACCAGAAGAUCCACACGGGCGAGAAGCCUUUCCAGUGCGCCCAGUGUGGGAAGAGCUUCGUGCACAAGUCCGGCCUGGUGUCGCACCACAGGACCCACACGGGGGAGCGGCCGCACCAGUGCGAGGCAUGUGGGAAGCGCUUCGGCCACAAGUCGGGCCUGCUCUCGCACCGGAAGACCCACACGGGCGAGCGGCCUCACCAGUGUGCCCAGUGCGGGAAGAGAUUCCGGCAUAAGUCAGGCGUAGCCUCACACCAGAGCACCCACACGGGCGAGCGGCCUCACCAAUGCUCCCAGUGCGGCAAGCGGUUCUCCCGCACCUAUGAGCUCAUCUCCCACCAGCGCCUGCACACGGGGGAGCGGCCCUACCCAUGCGCCGACUGCAACAAGAGCUUUGUGCGCAAAUCCAACCUGGUGAAGCACCAGCGCGUGCACACGGGGGAACGACCCUACCAGUGCGACCAGUGCGAGAGGAGCUUCUCCCAGAGGUACGAGCUGGUGGCUCACCAGAUCACCCACACUGGGGAGAGCCCCUAUACUUGUGCCCAAUGUGGGAAGAUCUUCAGCCAGAAGUCGAACCUCGUGAAGCACGAGCGCAUCCACACUGGCGAGAGUCCCUUCCCCUGCACCCAGUGUGGGAAGAGCUUCAGCCAACGUGCCAACCUGGUCAAACACCAGCGGAUCCACACCGGGGAGCGGCCGUUCCAGUGCGCCCACUGUGGGAAGAGCUUCAGCCAGAAGUGCGAGCUCGUGUCGCACGAGCGGAUCCACACUGGGGAGCGGCCGUUCCAGUGCGCCCACUGCGGGAAGAGCUUCAGCCAGAAGACGAGUCUGAUCACUCAUCAGAGGAGCCACGUGGAUCAGCGACUGAGUGAAUGUGCCUAGGGCGGUGCCCUACCGUCCAGCUCUGUCUGGCACCCCAGCUGAUGCCAAUGGGGGGCUGACGUGCAGGUCGAGGGGGGUGCAUGGCUCUGGGUAUGGAUCCAUCAGUAAAUAUCUUCUCACCUACCAGGGAGCAAACAAGGGAGGAAUUGGGGCUCUCAAGUGGGGACAGCUUGAGAUUUCCAAACAUGUCCCAGAAAGAGUUUAAACGGCUCCUUGCAUUGCCCUUGUCAGGAGAGGGGGGAUAUUUCAAUCCUUCCAGUUAACACAGAGACCGUGUCAGACUCACUAAGGCUCGGCAGUUCGGGAAACACCAUGUAAUUGUCGAGAAGUCCAGAAAAGGUCUGGCAAAGCAGGAACCAUGUUGAACAGCAGAGUGUUCCCCCAGGAGAAGAGGGGACAGGUUCAGAAGACACAGGGCUGAUUCAAACCUUGGGUUUUCCAAAUGGCUGAUGAUUCAUAGAUUCAUAGACUCUAGGUCUGGAAGGGACCUAGAGAGGUCAUCGAGUCCAGUCCCCUGCCCUCACGGCAGGACCAAAUACUGUCUAGACCAUCCCUGAUAGACAUUUAUCUAACCUAACCUAUGAUGAACCUUCUGAGCUUGACUGAUCCUCAGGAAGACUGUAGGAUGGGGAUAUGGAGUGGUAGCCCCCUCAUCUGAACCCUCAACUAAUGGGAACAUGGAGGGCUGGAAGGGGCGGAGAAUGGUUAAUGGGGUAUGAAGAAUAGCUGGUCAAAUAAUAUUCAGCAAAUAUAUGAUGUGGUUCUUGCUGAACAAUGAAUCAAAGAAAUAACUUUUUGAAGUGUUCGUUCAGCUGCUGAAAACUGUUCCUCAAAGAAAUUAUUUGGGGACAGGUUCACAAAGGUGUUUAGGUGCGUAAAGGUGCCGAUAGGUGCUGUUGUCAAUCUCAUUAGCACCAAGUGAGUCAGGCACCCCACUCCCCUUGACUCUCAGUGGUAUCUCUGGCCCAGGUCCUCAAAAGUAGUGACGCACCUAACUCCCAGGGGGUGUUUACUUGGAGGAUCUGGCUGGAGGCGCCUAACCUGCUUAGGAGCUUUUGAAAAUUCUCGUAGGCGCUUAGCUGCAUCUCUAGACACCGAAAUGCUUUUCUAAAUCUGGCUGUUGACCAAUAACAGCAAAGGCCAGUGAGUAAUGCUGAAUCCAUUUUCCUGUUCUGCUCCCAGACACAGUUCUGUUUCUGAGUGGCAGGUUUAAACGCAUCCUGCUGCGUGGGCGAUCAAAAGCCAUUAUUCCUGAUGCUUUUUCUGUGGUGAGUAUGAAAUAAUGUCAUGCACCAACAGUGAGAGGGGCUUGUUGAGCGAACAGGCCUCUUCCGGCUCUAGAUUCUGUUCAAUAAACUGGUGAUUUUAAUCUGUUUCCUGCUGGAUCGGAGCCCAUAUAUCAAUAAGCCAACGGCAUCAUUGGCACCUCCAUUAGCAGGUGAAGCAGAGAGAUCAAGCGCGAAAUCAGCAUGAAGACUGCACUACCAUUGGACCGCUACAUGUGGGGUGAAAUCGUGGCCCCUUUGAAGCCAAUGGGAGUUUUCCCAUUGAUUUCGAUGGGGCCAGGAUUUCACCCUUGCUCCUUUGGAAAGGGCAAAGCAACGGUGAAUAUAGUAAUCCAGAGUAGGGAACGAUCCUGCAUGGUUCCCCUUUGGAUUGGGUGACUGAACAGAUCUUCCAUUUCUAAUCAGUGUUCCUCCAGAUCAGGGCUAAGAUACAUUACUCAAAACUAUCCCGAUAAUAGUUAUUUCCUGGAGGCUGAAUUGAUUAAAUUUAUCCCAAUUACUUCAUAUAUAUGAACUCGUUCUUUCAAAAACAUCAGUAAAGGAGGACACUGCCCUGAUUAUGUGGAAAUAUAUUUGCUAUGACAUGGCUAAGACCAUGAAACCGUGUGUUCUGAUAGCCUCCUCUCCAGUGUGGUCCUCACACAUCACCCAUUAACUGAGAGACUCUUUUCAGAACCAUUGUUUUAAAUCAGGGGUAGGCAACCUAUGGCACGUGUGCCGAAGGCAGCGGGUGAGCUGAUUUUCAGUGGCACUCACACUGCCUGAGUCCUGGCCACCAGUCCGAGAGGUUCUGC